CAUUUUCAACGAAAACUAUAAACUAUAAUAUUUUUUUGUUUUUACUCUUUUUCGUGUUGUUUUACUUUUCAAGGUCAAUGUACCGGUGUUGUUAUAAGCACUGGCGAUAGAACAAUCGUGGGUAGAUUAAUUGAAAAUCUUGCUUCACGUAUGGAAAAACAUUUUUGCAUAUCUACCAUAUUACUUAUAUAUGAAAUGUUUAUUUCGUUUUAGGUCUUGAAGAGCGUGAAACACAAAUAGCACCUAAAAGAGCAAAUCAUAUUCAUACUAUAAUAGGUGUAGCAGUGGCUUUAGGUGUUUCAUGCUUUAUAAUAUCAUUUAUACGUGGUUAUUAUUGGUUAAGAAUUAUUCUAUUUUUAUUUGUUACUAUUGUUGCUAGUGUUCCUGCAAGUUUAUCAGCUACUAUUACAGGAAGUUUAAUUACAUUCUUUUGA